UUGUUGUACUGGUUCUGUUUCCCGGUUCAGGUCCGUAGAUUCUGUGUACUGGCUCUUUACCAGUUCCAGACUGGUUCUCAGUUAAAAGUUCUGGUGCCAUUCCCAGCUCUGGUCUGGGUCCUGCUGGUCUCUAUGCUGGUUCUGGGUCCUGGUCCUGCAUACUGGUUCUGGGCUGUCUCUGUUCCUGGUUCUGUAUUCUAGUUCUGAACGGUGUCCUGACUCUGGUUCUAGGUUCUGUAAACCAGUUCUGAUGCGGUUCCCGGUUCCGGUCUGUGUGUCCCUUCUUUAUGCCAGCUUUGGUCUGGUUCUGGUCCGUAUGCCGGUUCUGGUCUUCAGUUUCUGGUUCAGUUCCCAGUUCUGACCCUGUAUCCUGGUUUUAGUCCUGGUUCUGGUCUCUACUGGUUCUGUCUCCCAGUUUUGGACUGUUGGUUCUGGUCCAUAUCCCGUUUCUGGUCCGGAUCCCGGUUCCGUGAGUGGCCCCGCUCGUGCAGCCUGACUCUCUCCUCUUGGUGACGCUCUGCUGACAUCACCGGAGCUCUCUCUCUCCGCUCAGCACCAGAACCGCGGAGCUCCAGACUCACUCCGUCCUCACUUUGUUUGCACGUCGCUCCUGCUGCUGCUGGAACCGAACCGAACCGAGCCGUGAGCCUCGGACUGUCUCGGGCUACCUGAGCGCACUGCGGUCCGGGAGGGUUCGGACUCCUUCCCGCCUCUAACGGGGUUCCGUUCUGCACCGGCUCCGGAUCCAGGAGGACUCAGGCAGCGGGGAGAGAAGUUGGCGGGUCAGAACUGAGCCGCGAGUUCUGAUUGGGCCUGAGCAGGAAUAACCCGGAUCCCGGUCCGACACCUCGGUGUUUGGAUUUUUACGUCCACCUGGUCUCCAGAGCGGAAGAAUGCCCGGAGAUUACGCAGCGCGCUGCCCGGCUUCUCCGGGGACACGCGCCUGGAAGCUGCUGGCAGCCGUCCUCCUCAUCACUCAAGGCGCUGGAGCUCAGAAGGUACGGGUGAAGGAGGAGCUGGAGGCGUAUCCCACGGAGUCGGUGGAGCUCAGCUGCCAGUUCAUCGAUGGAGGAAGUUCCACCAAACUCACUCAGGUCUCCUGGAUCUGGGAACCUGUGGACGGUCAGAGGGACAACAUCGCUGUCUACCAUCCAGUUUAUGGGCACAGCUUUCCCAAUCCGUCCUUCAGGGACCGAGUGGUUUUUCUCUACAACAACCUGAAGAACCCAUCCAUCAGGAUCAACAACCUACGGAUGUCGGACGCUGGACGCUACACCUGCGAGUACGCCACCUACCCGUCUGGAAACGAACAAGGGACCACGUCGCUCAUCAUGCUUGCCAAACCCAGGAACUCGGCCAGAGUGGUGACGGUCCAGGCCGGCAGCAGAUCUUUGGUGGUGGCUCAGUGCGAGGCGGCGGACGCAAAACCGGCCGCCACCAUCAAGUGGCUGGCAUCGGUUGGAGGGAAUCAUUCGACGAGCACCACGAACGGGCCGGACGGCAUCGUGACGGUACGGAGCGAGUACCGGCUGGUCCCCACGGCGGCGGAUAACGGCAGGGAGGUCACCUGCAUGGUGGAGCAGAGGACACAGGAGCGGCCGUGGGCGCAGACGCUGAGGCUUUCUGUGGAGUACCCUCCGACGGUGUCCAUAGAAGGCUACGACAACAACUGGUACGUCGGCCGCUCGGACGCCGUGCUGCUCUGCCUGGCCAACGCCAACCCAGCGCCCACCGCCAUCACCUGGACAUCGGCGUCGGGCCCUUUGCCAGACACGGUGGUGGUGGACGACAACAAGCUGAUGGUGAGGAAGGUGGACGACGCCGUCAACACCACCUUCAUCUGCGAGGUCAGGAACAAGCACGGGGCCAGCCGGCACCAGCUCACCACGUUUGUGAUCGAAGAGGAGAAACGAGAACUCAUCCGAGGCCCGCCAACAGGUGCCAUCAUAGGAGGGAUUCUGGGUGCUCUCAUCAUCAUCUGCAUCACCGUUGGCACCAUCGUCCUCAUCCACAAACGUCAGGAGGACGCAGAAGGGCCCCCCAAGCACAAGCCCCCCCCUCCAGUGAAGGCCGGCAGCUCCACGGAGAUGCUGAACAAGCCGUCAGAGCCGCCCACUGCCGCAGAGACGGCUCCUCUGAGCCCAGGAGAGGUUUACUACGAGCCCACGGGGAGAGAGCCUGCCACAAACCUGAAUGAGGAGAACUCUGGAGCCCGGAAUGGCGGCGCCCCUCCGGUCCUGGACAACUCUGCGGAUGGUCACCACGGCAACGAUUCAUCCAAUCACGGGCCUGCGGUUGCUAAUAUUCCACGUGGCGAGAGCUUUGUCUCUUCCCCCAUGUAUGUGUAACCGUAGCAACAAGAAACCCACCACGACAAAGGUGUGGUUACCGGAGUUACUCAGCACACCUGUCCACCACUGUAAAUGAAACUUUUGGAGCUUUUAACAUCCUCACAGAUUUAGCGUCGGGUUUGAAACGUUUUGUGUUCAGAUUCACCGAAACUUGGUUAAAUAUGAAGAGUUUUUAUUUUUCAUCUAGUUUCUCUGAAGCCUUUGAAAUCAUAUGCAGGCAGCGUAAGAUGAGGCGAGCUUUUAAACCAGAGGUGUUGAAAAACUGGAACUUGUUUGCACCAAAAACAGUCGAAAGCAACGUUUGUGCCAUAAAAUCUCUGAAUGAUUGUUUUUGUGCUGCACCGGAGCUCAGCUGUUUACAGACACUUUAUCUCUAAAUAUCAACAACAGAUAUUAAUCUAGAAUGUAUUAUAAAUUAAUUAUCAUUUCUUCCACUAAAAUACCUUUCACCUUUUUCUCUUUGUGAUGUUUUUGUACAAAUCUGAACUUAGAAAAAGUCCAAAACUUUUAUUUGGGUGAUGUUUGGACUUUUUCCACCUGAUGAACGUUGUUCUGAGUCUCCGACGUGUCUAAGAAAGAUGAAAAGCUCCGUAACUCGUCUGCAUUAUUCUGGAUAGUUUACAGUCGACUGAAGUUCCACUUGGAGGCCAGAGGAACGUUCCAGAAGUCUGAAACACACCUGGUUUAAUGCUUGAAUAACCCAUUCAGCAGCUCACCUAGCUCUGCAGAAGUCUGCUGAUCACCAGCUGGUUAAACCAGGUGGGUCCUGGGGGACUAUUAUGGACACCACUGAUUCACAUGCAUGUAGUGCCAUCCCAUAAUAACUUCAUGCAUGCAAAAUAUUUCAGAACAGCUGAUCACUUUUGAAGCACCAUCUGUCUGAAUCACCCAUCUGCUUCAGCCGGUGAGUCGAUGCUAAACACAGGAACUAUGACAUCACUGCUACGUGAUUGGAUGGUUGAUGGUGCAAGACUCAAACCCACAUGGUGACUAGAAAUAGUGCAAAGCAAGAUUUUAUAUCUACAGCAAAUCAAAAUGCAAAGAAAAAUCAUGAAUAGUUUCUGUAAAAGUCCGAUGAUACUGGGAUAAGGAUGAUGUCAUAAAACCUGGAAACUUCAGGAAAUGAUGAAAACCUUCAAACGUCGUCACUUCGGAAAAAGACGUUGUGUUAUAUCUGGCGGGAGACGCACGCGCAGCGUUUUAGUAAAUGCCCCGAGUAAAGCGGACGAGUUGGUAAACCAGAGCUGAUCGCAUCACGGUGGAACCAAAACGUUAACAUUUUCUCACCGUUUUUAUUUUAAAAGUGGGAAUUUCUGAGUGAGCGGGAGAAAACUCACAGGGAAAACUGCCAUUCCAACACCUUCACUGAAACUUUUACACAUUCUGAAGAUUUUUAGCUACUUUUAAAAACAGCUCAUCUUCAGCCUGAAGCAGAAACUGGUUCACAGAUGUCAAACGGUACCAAAUGAUUCAAAGUGUAAAUAUUACUGAUUAUUAAUAAUAUAUUGUUGGUGAAACGUGUCAAAAAUAAACAUGUGUACCGUAAUUUCCGGCUACAGAGCGCACCUCAUUAUAAGCCACAUGGUUCAAAGCGUGGGAAAAAAGUUGCGGCUUAUAGUCCGGGAAAUACGGUAGGUGUUAUUAGUGCCUCUGUACAGGGGGCGGGCGACUAAAGGUGUUUAUUAUUAUUAUUACUUUACUUUUCAUGAGUUUGUUGACGUCGUGUCUUAAUGCUGAGGUGUUUGAUGAUUAACAGAUAAAUGGUGUGGGUUUUAUUCCUUGUUCAUGUUGCUGUGCAUGGCAUGAUCCGUGGCUUGUUGGAACGCGUUCCCAAUUCAGAUUCUUCAUUUGUGUGAAAAGAUUUCCGAACAUCGGAAAAAGACGCUGCUUUUCUAAAAGCUAACCUGCAUCUCUGCGUCUGUCACCCACAUCCACGGCAGCCCGCCCACAUCUACUUUAAGUUGCUCCUUCUCUUUGGUUUGAACGCCUUUUGUGUUGUGUGGCGCCUCCCCAGGCGCUCUAAAGCUGCCAUCACUGACAUCAAACCUGCUUUUAUUUCAUCCUGAAGCCACAGAAACGGUUCAGAGUCUCCAUGUUGGCUGCAGCAGACGGCGCCGGUUACCAGCGCACCGACGGCGGAUCGCGUCGGGCGGCGCUUUCUGCUCCGUAGACCCGGGAUGCAUCGCUCUCUCUGACGUAACGGUUUCAGACGGGUGGUUUUUGGUUUUAUUACAGAGGUUCUGAUCAGUCAGAAGAAAACAGGAUGAGCCCAGUUUGGAGAGUCUGGGGUCAGCCAAAAUCAGCUAAACACGUCAUAAAUCACGACAGGUCAUCACGCCUGUAGUCUGGUUCUUCGGACGAGGAUAAGAGCCACUGAAAAGAAAGAAAUGACUUAUCUCAGAUUUCAGAUUUUUGGUUUCUGAGAUUUAAGUCAGAAGUCUUAUCUUUUUAGUUUUAGGCCUAGUCCACAUGUAGCCGGGUUUUUAAAAACGAAUAUCCGCCCCUCCAAAAACUCGCAUCCACACCACCUCGAUUUAAAACAAAACUCUGUCCACACGUACCCGCAUAAAUACGUUGUUAAGGACAUGCCAGACCAGUAGGCGGCAGUACUUCUCCCGUUCUUAACCUCGUCCUUCGUCUGUGGUCUUCCGCAAGGAGCAGUAAUUCCUCUUGCAAAAACAAACAAGCAAAAAGCGCUUGGACGAUUGAUAAAGCGAGCGCAGCUCUGAGGGCAUCCAUGUUGUCGGCUAGUGUAAACACAGGUCGCACACGUGAUGUCAGCAUUUUUUUGUCGCGGAAAGUGACGUUGCGGACCUUAAAACUCCGGUUUUGUCUGUCCACACGCAGACACCCAAAACGGAGAAAACGCAGAUCUUCUCUUUGGCCGGAGUUUUUAAAAAGAUCCAUUUUCGUGUGGAUGACAGGCCAAAACGUAGAAAAAUAUCUACGUUUUGGCAGAUCCUCGGCGACGUGUGGACAGGGCCUAAGUGGUCUUAAUCGUCUCCUGUAGAUUCCUCUGGUCCACGUCAGUUCAGAAGUUCGAUCAGCGGGAGUUUUACGCCCGUGGUUCGGAUUAUUCUAUCAAACCCAGUGAGUGAGAGCCUUCAGUCUGCUGAUUGGUCAGGUCGUCUGGGGGCGGGGCUACCAGAUGGUUGUGUGCUCUGAUCCUGAGACAGCUGACAACACGCUCAACUUUUUUUAACUCUUCAGUGAUUUUAUGAGACCUAGCUGAUAGCUCUGGCCACCUGCCUGAAUACCGCCCGAGUAGCGAACCUAGCUAUCACCUCCAGUUCCAGCUAGCUAGGAGCUAAUCAGUAGCUAAUGAUGUCCUUCUGCCUCCCAGAAUGCAACAGGAACCUGCUACAGGAGGGGGUUGGGCUGAAACUAGCAGCAUACGCAUGUCUGUGUCGGGUCGAGGUUGGAUCAUGCUCGCAUUAUAAACUAACCUCCUGGUCUUGUUUCUGGGUCACAGGGUCAGCUACUGUCUUCUGCAACGUAUGGAGACAUACAACGGCCAAAAAAACUAAACUAGUAAAACGUAGUAAAAGCUGUAAGGACCAGUCUGGCUCUGGGAAGUUACAGACUGCUCACAUUUAGUUUGGUCCCUCAUAAGGAUUUUUAUUCAGGCAUUUUCACCCUGCAAGCCGAAUCCGCGCCAUGUUUGUUUUUGAAGUUGCAAACAUUCAAACCCAUUAGGUUGCUCGUCCUUGUUUACUUUACAAAUCGUCUGAGUCUUUUAUAAAGGAUGGUAUUUAUCGUGGAUGCCGGAUAAGAAGGGACUAAUGGUGUAACGUCUUCUUUUGCUGUCUGAUGUCAGGCUCUGAUGUUUUCAUUAAAGGGAAUGUCUGCAUGCUGCAUGGAUAGUCGGGGGGGAACAAAAAGCUAUUUCCAUAUUUUUCAGGACGAGUUGUGCCAUAUUAACGGCUUUUUGACUCACUUUUACGUUUCAGUGUUCGACAAUCGUGUGUGAUGUAUUUUAUAACCCUGCCUCAGAACAAAAACUGUCAUCGGGGGGGCUUAAUGUUUUGGUUCUGCAUUUAUUUCUGCAAAUUAAUUCCACAAAAUGAAUGAAUGUUUAGUUUCCUGCGGAUUAAUGUGUUUGCCAGCGGGCUGCUCUUGAUAGAUUGAGGAAAAGGAAAAAGACAAUCAUCAAGACCCCGACGCCAGCGUUCACUUAUGAGUUUUGGCUCGGCGCCCUCAUUCGGGGAUCGUUUGAUUUUAUCCCGAGUCUUCGGUUUAGUAACGGAGCGUCAUCUAAAGGUUCAGAGAAAUGCAUUUUUCUGCCGUUUUCGAGGACAGACGUGAAGUUUGAUGUUUUAAUAGAUAAUCGUGCAAAGAAGUGUGUUCUGAAGGUUUCGAGCGUGUGUGUGUGUGUGUGUGUGUGUGUGUGUGUGUGUGUGUGUGUGUGUGUGUGUGUGUGUGUGUGUGUGUGUGUGUGUGAA